GGUAAAAGACAUGAAGUUCUUGAUUUUGCUGAGUAUACUUUGUAUCUUCUCCCAAGACCUUGUGGAGGUACAGCUUUUAACAGAAACAUAUAACCCUCUUAGGAUUAUACGCUUCUGCUAUUAAUCAGUAAGUUCGCGCUUUCCGAUGAAUGUUAGUAUUUUGGAUGAUUUACGACGUUCUCUUUGUGUUUAACUGUUAGCUUACAUAAAAAAAUCGUAAAUACCUCAAUUAUUUGGUUUUUCUCGUUGUGGUUUGUUCUUGCUUUUUUGCCGUUCAAGUUGUGCUAUUCCACACGUAUAGAGCGUAUUCACAUGACGUCACGGCGGCCAUCUUGGUGUUCGAAAACAAUGAAACGGCGGCCAUAUAGGUGUUUCAAACAAAUCCUGUGGGGGUUGGACUCUUUUCUUGUGUAAAAAAAUUCUUUUGUUCCCAUAAAUUUGCUGAAUGCUAGCCACGUGAGUGAAUACGCUCUCUUUUGUUUCCAUAAAUUUAAUUAGAAUUAAACUUUCUGUGUAACUUUCUCUUGAUUCCAAGACUUCAAAUGCUGUCCAGAUGUUUAUGGAGGCUUGGUACAAAAAAAGUUUUAUCGCUUGACAUUUUUUUUUCGAAGAAUCUAACACAGUUGCUUUCUUUUUAUUUUGGAUGCAAUCAGGUCACAGGAAGGGAAAUUUUCUGUAAGUUAUGUUUUUUUCUUCUGAAACAUAUAUUGAACGUUUCUGAAAAUCCUACUAACAAAUCUCAACACAUCUCUGUGGUCUAGAGAUCGUAACUGCUACUUGCCAAAAUAUAGCAGGGGCAUUUGGAAAGUUGUGCGUACCUCUGAAAACAUCUUGGCUACUCCCCUGUAAACUUCAAGGAACUCUAAAUAGUUCGUGAAAGCCAUACAUCCCUAUCGUGCUCUGCAAUCCGUUGACGCAUACCUCUUCCCGUUUUGCCCGGCAAUGUAUACUUUACAGCAUUCCCAAAGGGAACUGCUCCACCUGCACGAAAAAUUGGAUUCGGGGCAAAAAUGGUGCAAAAAAGGGCAAAUUACGGGGUAAUCAAGGGGCAACGAUGGUUAAUACCGCAUUUGCACGCCAGUGUACACGGGGUCGUAAAUUCGAGAGCUUGAUUUAACCGUAAUUUGCACUUUUUUGCACCAAAUUUGCACUGAGUAAAUUUGGUGUAAAUCACAUUUUUCACACAGCCAGCACCAAGUGUGAUCUAAUUGUAGUGUCGACUUUGAAAACAGAUUGUAUGCCAUGCUGUUGUAGGCAACGACGAACUGGGUCAGGUGACCCUUAAGUGUAUGGCAGAAUCGUAUAUUGUAGAUUUAAUUUCGGUUGUAGAUUCUUUAUCAGAUGUCUGGUUAAUUCCUGGAUUACUGAUGUUAGCAACAAACGAAAAGGGUGAACCGUUAGAGAUGAGAUAUUUAAAAAUUUCGUUUUUGCAGGUUUCUUCGUUUGUUGGUUACUUGUUGGUUUUUCUUUCACAUAGAUUGUCCCAACUGCACAAGGCAAGCGCAGUGUUAUGCGGAUCCUUGCAUGUCUCACCCUUGUGGAGCGCCAAAUAAAGUGUGCAAGCCUUGCUACUGUAUGGGCUGUGACUCAUACACUUGUGAUGAGCGGCCACUAAAAGAAUAACGCGCACACGUUCCAAUUUAAAACGAUCUUAAGUUGGCACUGCGGACCAGCC